AUGAGCGGGGCGGCGGCGGCGGCGGCGGCGGCGAAGAGCGAGAAGCUGGACGAGGCUCAGGCGCUGGCCCGCAGCUGCGCGGGCAGACCCGACUUCCAGCCCUGCGACGGGCUCUCGCUGUGCGCGACCCACAGCCACGGGCGCUGCUUCCGCCUGCACUGGUGCUGCCACCUGGGCUGGUGCCACUGUAAAUAUGUCUACCAGCCCAUGACACCCGUAGAGCAGCUCCCCAGCACCGAGAUACCCGCUCGGCCCCGGGAAUCGACCAACACCAUCCAGAUCUCGGUGUCGCUCACCGAGCACUUCCUGAAGUUCGCCCCCGUCUUCCAGCCCCCCCUGCCCCCCGACUCCCCCCAGUUCUGCACCAUCGCAGACCUCUUCAUUGACAAUUACCGGGUGAAGUGCAUCAACGGGAAGAUGUGCUACGUGCAGAGGCAGCCUCCCCCCGUGCCCCACAAGACGAAGCCCGAGGAAGCCCCCGUGGGCAACGCCUUCAUCAGCAGCCAGAGCAAUACCCCCAAGGCCGAGCACUGCUCCUCGCCUUCCAGCUCGGAGGACUCCGGGAUCAACGCGGUGGGCGUUCACUACGUGGAGUCCUGUGACGAGGACACAGAGGGGGUGGCCGAGCUGAGCUCAGAGGAAGAUUACAGCCCAGACAGCAGCUGGGAACCAGAUGAAUGCCCCCUCUUGUCACCCUCGCAGUGCGAAAUGGAAGUGAUUGAGACUAUAGAGACCACUGUGUGACCCGACAGGCUGGUGCCAGCUCAGUCCAGCUCCCACUCAGUAACGGCGCUUUUGUAGUAUUUAUAUUUUCUGUUUUUUUCUGACAAUCCCUUUUUCCAGUGCACUUGAUAUUGCAGAUUCCUCACGGGAGUGUGGGCACAGGACUUGUGUAUUGGUGAACUAGCAGCAGCCUGAGCAGUUUUCACCCAGCCCUGACCAGAUCUCCCACAUCUGUACCUAAGGUAGUGAUAAACCUUAAAGAGUUUUAUAGCAGAAACAGGCCCUUUUCUUGGUCUGGGUUACACCAGAUACUUCUCCUACGAGGCUGUGCCCCUCCAGAUGUUUCUGUCUGAUGUGCAGUGGGCCUUCAAAGCACAGAGGGUGAGCUGGGGCAGCACAGCUGCCAGCAGCAAAACCAAGUUGCCCUUAUCCUGCCUCGAGCAGCUGCGCAAGGUGCGGCGGCAAGAGGCUCUUCUGUCUGUCCGUCCUUCUCUCUAGUGCUGGUGCCACCCCUGGGGGCUGCUGGCACCACGCUUCCCACAGGCUGUGUGGGGGGCUAGAGAAUGCACAAAGUGCCUCCAACUUUUCUCCAGGCUAUGCACUGAGCAUCUGCUGAGCUAGGUCAGGCUCUGAAAUCUCCUGAGAGGCAACUGCUGCUCCAAAGGGGGAUCAGUUGCCUGGAUCCAGCUGGUCCUUUUUCUCUACAUGGAUCUUGGGAAGGGGAUCCGGCUUUUGGAGCUGGGCAGGAGGGGGAGCAGGAGAGGGAUGCAGCCCAGCCAGACUGGGGUGGGAAGUGCCAGGAGAAGGAAGCGAGCACCUACCUCCACACACACACACACCUGCCCUGGGCUCUGCCUGCUGCUUCCUCCUCUGCUGGUUGGUGCCGGACGCAGGCACUCAGGACCAAACAGCCUGAGGGCUGCAUUUGCCUGAAUAACACCACCACUUACAAACAACUUGAUCAGCCACACCACUGUGUCAGCAGAGCUUGGGGACAGCGUGGAGGUGCCCGUGGGAGUUGCCCGUGGGCUCGGUAGCCACGGGCUCGUUAAAGCACAGCCAGGGUCAGCCUAGCAGAGAGGGGAGGCUGCAGCUCCGCUCCUGCGCCCGGGUCAGGAGCAGAUUCUGACCAGGGCUCUCCUCAAGGAGCUGUUAGGAGUGACCAGUCUUGCUGGUGGGUUGGUUCCACCCUGCUUGACAAAACAAAAACGUCAUCAGAAGAUUUCAGUCAGCUUGAAUCAGUUGGAGUCAGUAAUAACUGUGUUUUCAACAGCGUUACUGGAUUUCUUUGUGUAUUUGCUGUUUACGUUUCAGAAGUCAUUGAAUACCAGGCUGUAUAAAAGUGUACAGUUUAGUGACUGAUACUAGAUUAUAGUCCGUGUUCUAGGAUGGCUCAUCUCUCACUGUAUCCUGACAAUGUAUUACUAAUUUUAUACACUUUGUAAUCAGUAUCUUUAGACACGUUUAGGCAACAGUGUGUGUGUGCACAUGCGCGUGUGCUGAGUUUGCCAUCAGUGGUUAUAAAGUAACACUGUACUUUUUAGACUCUUUCAGAUAAAAAUAAUAGGUUUUAUAGUUUAUAUAAAAAAAAGUGCAAUGCUUGUUAAAUGAGGAACUUGGGCCAUUGCAUGAACAGAUACAUUGUCACAAGGCACCCAAAACAUUGUUUUUCUGAGGGCAUUUAAAUGGAGGCCCUAGUAAAACUAACUAGGAUUUAUUUUUUUUUUAAGGGUGGGGUUGUCUUUUAUGGUUAACUAAGGCUUCUAACAAUGCUUUAGUGUCUUUUGGCCAUUCAGACACAUUCCAUAGGUAGAAGGAAGCAUUAUGUAUAAACCUACAGCAUUUACUCAUAUUUAAUCUUUCAAUUGUAAUCUGAGUGGAGAGCUGAGAAAGCUCACUCUGGUGCCUGGCCUGCCUGAGCCUCCUUCUCCUUCCCAGAGGGAUGGGGAGGGCUGGCAGAUCCAUCCUCCCAUGGGACAUGGGGCAGCAGGGCCCUUCCCAAGACCAGGGUGCUCUUGCUGCAGGUGCCAAGCACAGGGAAGGUCACUAGGCCCUUCUACCUUGGCCUGAGCUCACCUGGUUGGCAGGAGAGCAGGAGCCACCUCCUCCUGCUGUGAGGGAACACCAGCUGUGAGCACAGUGACAUGCAGCUGGGUGUUCAUGACCAGGACUUGCCACAAGAUCCAGUGGUCUCUGCAGGCUCAUAUCACUGUCAUCAGGAUACAUUCUUUAACUGUAAGUAAUUAGCAAUAUUCACAAGCUGUGAGUGUCUCCUACCCAGGAUUUGUUCAGAUGUCUUAAGCACAAUAAGCUGCCUCUUCCUUCUGUCGUACGUGUAGAACGUCCGUGGAGCAGCCUGGUGUGGGACAGGCCAGUCGUGGGGAGUCUCAGCAGAGGGGCAGGGUUCUUGCUGUGCUCCCCACACCCCCCAGGUCAGAAACAGGCUCCUCAGACACGUCCUUUCUGUUCUUUGCACAAACACCGGCGCAGACGUGCUGUAGGAGACGUGCCCUGGGCUCGUUGCUCCCCUGUGCCAGGGAGAGGUGUGUAUAUUUCCUCUUUAAUAAAAUACUAAACAACUGAA